AUGUGGUGGCUGUUUUUCCUCUGGCUGUGGGGGUGCUGGCUGCCCCCUGGUCUGCCACACUGCACUACGGAGAGAAACCCCCUCCAGUGCCAGAAGGCCCAGAUGGUACCUGGGUCGAACCUGGCAGGUGAGGGCUUUGAUGUGGUCACCAUGGAGCCUAAGGGUGCCUACAUCAUCGACGUGGAGCACUGGCAGAGAAAAGCAGACAACUCCUGCACGCUGUGCACCAACCAAUACCUGAACAAUAAGAAGCAGAAGCUGCCACUGGCACUAGUGGAUUGGAGAGCUGAGCUUGACUGCAAGAAGAAGGUGGCCAGCAGCAUCUAUGAAUCCAGUGAGCAGUUCAUUGAAAGCGGCCAGAGUGGGGUGGACAUCAGCUGGAAAGUGGGACUUGAUCUCAUCAGUCCUCAAUCAGGAUCUCUCAUGGUAGGAGGUACCCACUCAAAACAGGCCAUUAAAGCUAUGGAGAUGUCCAAGAAGGACAAGUACAGCUUCAUUAAACAGGAGUUCCACUGCAGCUACUACAGGUACCGAGUGCAGGACAGCCCACCCCUCCAUAGGGAGUUUGCACGCAGCCUUGCACUCCUCCCACCUCUCUAUAACAGUGUCACCAAGAAAGACUACCGCCGCCUACUGGACAUCUACGGGACUCACUUCAUCAGGAAGGUGCAGCUGGGCGGCCGCAUGAGCAGCACCACCGCAUUCCGGUUCUGCCAGGCGGCGCUAAACGGCUACACUGAGACUGAGGUGAAAGACUGCCUGGAGGUGGAGGCCUCCCUCUCCAUAAUGUCUUUUGCUGUUAAAGCUAAGGCUGACUUCUGUGAGCGUGACAAGAAAAAACACAACAUCCACAGCUUCCACAGCCAGUUCACAGAAAGGAUCACUGAAGUAAAGGGAGGUCAGCACAUGGUUCCUGACCUCCUGUUUUCAGACAAACCUGAAGCCAUGCAGAAGUGGCUGAACAGCCUGAAGACCACACCGGGAAUCAUCACCUACUCUCUCCACCCCCUGCAUUAUCUGGUGCAGAAGCCAAAGACCAAAAAGGCGGCGCUGAAGAAGGCUGUGGAGGACUACAUCCUGGAGAAGGCCCUAUACAAGCACUGCUCCAAGAAAUGCUCAGGAGGUUCGACACCCAGCAAACAUGACCCCUGUCACUGUGUCUGUGUGGCCAGUGAACAAACUAACUGCAACUGCUGCCCAACUAUGCCGGGCCUGGCCCAAGUGACGGUUACGGUGAAGCGGGCCCGGGGCUUGUGGGGAGACUACAUUACCCAGACUGACGGCUUUGUCUACAUUGCUGUGGGCCACAGAUAUACCCAGACCAGAGUUAUCCACAACAAUGACAACCCGAUCUGGGACAGCGAGUUCCCAUUUGGUACCAUUCAUCUCUCACCAGACACAAAGAUGAAGCUGGUAGUGUGGGAUGAAGACAACCAUUUGUUCAAAUGGUGGAACGACAAGCUGGGAGAGUGCAUGAUCAAUCCUGUUAGAGGCUUUCAUAACAAAGUCUGUCCGCUGAACCAUGGCAACCUCUACUACUCCUAUAAGGUAGAGUGUGCUCCCGGGCUCACGGGAAAGCAUUGCAGAGACUACUGCCCUUAUCCUAUGAACCCCAGACUGGCCGACUUUUACACAUCCCGGAAUGCCUUCAACGUCACGCCCGUUCUCCUGGAGCGCCUCAGAAGGGGGCAGUCCAUCGAGGAUCCCCUGCCGUUUCUGUUAUCCCACAGGAGUGAUAAUAAGACGCUGGGCUCCUCAGGUGGAGAUACUCCUCAUGCUCCUGCUGAGCCCUAAGGGAGGAUGAGAUGCACGCUGCCAUGAGGAUGUAGUAUCUGCUUUAGCUCUCCCCUUUCUGCCGCUGUCCAUGCAGCCAAUCCACUCAGCUCAUCAAGCUUGCAUUUCUGAG